AGCUCCACGUGUGCUGCCUCACGGGGAUGGUCCUCGUUCGGCUCGAUGAUUGGACACACCUCCAUGCGCCAUCGUCUCAUCCAGGCGGAGGCGGGACCUUGGCAGCACACACACCCACGAUUGCCCCCCCCCCCCAUCCGAAAAUGUACCGCGUUAUCUCCGCGGGUUCGAGGAGCAGGUUGCGGGGUUAUAAAUAGAGCCUCCAGACCGGCGGGGGAGAGAAAAUGAGCAUCGGCGCGCGGCGACCGCUCCAUGAUCUCUGUGAGAAGGAUGCUGCAGCAAGCUCUGAGAGUGUCCGGCCGGAGCGCUUUUCCCCUCCUCAAGUGGGCGGAAAAGUGGGCUGAGGGGGCAGCGGCCGGUCCGGACGGGACGACGGUGAGGAGCCUGGACGAUAUGCCCGGCCCGUCGGUGCUCGGCUUCGCCUGGGACUUAUUCGCCCGCCGGGGACUGUCCAAGUUGCACCAGUUACAGCUGGAGGGAGUGCAGCGGUACGGCCCCAUGUGGAAGGCGAGCUUCGGCCCCAUCACGACGGUCCAUGUGGCUCAUCCGGCGCUCAUUGAGCAGGUGCUGAGGCAAGAGGGCCAGCGCCCAAUGCGCUCUGACCUUUCCUCCUGGAAGGACUACAGGAAGCUCAGAGGUCAACACUAUGGACUGUUGACAUCUGAAGGCGAGGAGUGGCAGGAGGUUCGAAGCCUCCUUGCGAAGCACAUGCUGCGGCCCAAGGCGGUCGAAGCAUACGACCAAACCCUGAACGGUGUGGUCAGUGACCUCAUCGCCAAACUUCGCCUCCGCAGACAUCCCGAAGGCCUCGUGACUGACAUCGCAAGGGAGUUCUAUUAUUUCGGCCUCGAGGGAAUCUCCUCCGUGUUGUUUGAGUCCAGAAUCGGCUGCCUGGAGCCAGUGGUUCCAAAAGAAACAGAGCUCUUCAUCGAGUCCAUCAACACUAUGUUUGUAAAGACGCUUCUUACCAUGGUCAUGCCAAAAUGGUUACAUUGGCUAUUCCCCAAACCCUGGGACAUCUUCUGUCAGUGCUGGGACAACAUGUUUGAAUUUGCUAAAGGUCACAUUGACCAGCGCCUGAGGGAAGCAGCGAAAAAAAGUAAUUGCGAAAAAGUGAAGGGCCACUACCUUGCCUACUUCCUGGCCCAGACAGAUUUGCCCAUGAAGACUGUUUACAGCAAUAUCACAGAGCUGCUGCUUGCAGGCGUCGACACCAUAUCCGGCACAAUGUCCUGGUCGCUGUACGAGCUGUCGCGUCACCCUGCGGUGCAAGCAUCACUACGCGAUGAAGUUCUGAGCGUCCUGGAAGGCAGGAAGGUGCCUCAGGCAGCAGAUGUAGCACGCAUGCCUCUUAUGAAGGCUGUAGUCAAAGAAGUGCUCAGGUUGUAUCCAGUGAUUCCUGCGAAUGCUCGAGUCAUCACUGAGAGAGACAUCCAGGUUGGAGGCUACCUCAUUCCUAAAAAUACCCUGAUUACACUGUGCCACUUUGCAACAUCACGCGAUCCGACCGUGUUUCCAAAUCCAAACGAGUUCCUGCCGCGCAGAUGGUUGACAAAGGACCAGAGUCAUCACCCAUACGCCUCUGUGCCUUUCGGGGUGGGAAAACGCAGCUGCAUAGGCCGACGCAUUGCGGAGCUGGAACUCUACCUUGCUAUCGCCAGGAUCCUGAUAGAGUUUGACGUGCGGCCAGACCCGAAAGGGGUUUCUGUGAAACCCAUGACACGGACGCUGCUCGUUCCUGAAAAUGUCAUUAACCUGCAGUUUGUUGAACGAUGACUCACUCCUCUGAGCGGGCUGAGUUACGUCAAAGUGACCACAGCUCUCAAGAGCACAAAGCACGUGGGCAGGCGGGGACCUUUUCAGAAUCAUGUCAGAAAGGCUAAAAGGCCCACAAGACACCUCUGGAGUUGAGUACAGCGGCCCAGGCACUCCAUGGGAGUUUAGCUUGCCUUUAGGUUGUGAUAAUGCAUAUUUGCACAAAGUCAGAGCUCCCAUGAAUGUCGUUCAAUAGAUUCUCCUUAGACCACGUUUCUUUUCUUUUUUUUUUUAAUAACUCAACCUGUUAAUCCCUCGGAGCUGACUUUUGUUUUUGAUCAAAUGAAACAGGAGUGAUUAAGAACUGAGUCCAUUCAUGAUAUGACCACUCUUACCAAGCACGUAGCGCUAGUCGACUUUCAAAAAUAAUUUCUAAAACGAUUUCUCACAGGGAAUCAGGGCCAUCAGUGAAUUCCAGGCUCAUAAUGUCAUUAUCAUGCAAGCUUUAUGAACUGUACAGGUAGUGUUUUUAAGUACAAUUUUCUUAUUCUUAAAUCACGUGCAUAAAUGUUAAAAAAAAAAAAAGUUGACUUCUGUCAAAUAAAACUGAAUACAGCAAAAAAUACUGACCUGUGAAAAAAUAGAGGGCACACAAGUUGUGUGCAGAGCGAUACUGUUACCUAGUGGUGUUUUAUACUGUCCUGUUUGAAUUAGUAGUCAUAAAAUGUUAUUUACAUAAGGAUCUGCUAAGUAUAAUUAAUUUGUGUUGGUAUUUGAUAUGUUAUUAUUUGUGCUGCUUAGUUGAGCAGCCAGGUGAUUUUAAGUUUUUGAGGAAAUUCCAUUUACAGUUAUGUGGCUAUCACCACUUUUUUUUUUUGCCAUCACAGUUCAUCUGUGCCAACAUCACACACACA